AUGUCGGACGUAGAGAGCGAUUCAGACGAGUGGUCUGAUGCUGAAUAUUUCGAUGACUUGGGGGCAUUUGAUUUGGUAAAUUUAAACGAAAGUGAAAGAGAUCAGAUAGAACGAAUGAUUGAAGAUCGUAAUUCUUCAGAUGAAGAGGAAAAUGAGCUGUACAAUGGCUACACAGCACCGGGAAAUUUUGUUUGGACUGACGAAUUUUCGGUAAGAUGUCGACUUCCGUAUUCAGAGAAGCCAGGACCUGUUCGUGUGUUAGAUAGUUCAGCAUCUGUGCUCAAUUACUUUCAAAUUUUCUAUUCGGACGAAAUUUUUAAUCAUAUUGUGGACAGUACGAACAGAAAUGCCAAUAAAAAGAGAAGAGAAGAUGCUAAUAACAACAAAGGUGUGUGGCAUGAUGUGACUAUAGAUGAAAUCAAAGUGUUUUGUGGAGUGUUGAUCAUGAUGGAUAUUAUCAAGCUGGACAGAGAUGACCUCUAUUGGAAGGAGGAUGAAAAGUACUUUAUGUUGGGAACUAGAAUAUCAGAUGUCAUUAGCAGAGACCGGUUUAUGCAAAUCAGAAGGUAUUUGAAUUUUUCUAUAAAUGAAGUAGAUGGUUUGGAACACCGAAACGACAAGCUAUCCAAAGUAAGAUACAUGCUCGAUAAAAUACGCAGUUCUUUCAAAUCUGAAUACAUUCCCCAUGAAGAAAUUAGUGUUGAUGAAUCUAUGGUACCCUUUAAAGGAAGGUUGUCUUUUAAACAGUACAUGAAAGAUAAACCAUGUAAAUUUGGAAUUAAAUUCUGGAUGCUUGCAGAUGCCACUAGUGCGUACUGUUGGAAUUUUGAUGUAUAUGUUGGAAAGUACGGAACUGAAAUUAAUCGUACAUUUGGUCUCAGUGCCCAUGUUGUGAUUGACUUGCUUCGAGGGUUAGAAAACAAAGGACACUGCGUCUUUACUGACAAUUUUUACACUAGUCCUACAUUAGCGCACUACCUGACAACAAUUGGUACCUGUCUGUGUGGAACUGUCAGACCGAAUCGUCGUGGGUUUCCACAGGAACUUGUAAAAUCAAAAUCAGAAGCUCGAAAACUUCCUAGAGGCUAUUACGAUUGGAGACAGUGUGAUGACAUGAUUGCUACGUGUUGGAAGGAUAAGAAAAUGGUGUACUUUUUGUCUACGUGUCAUAUACCAGAAAAGGAAAACUUGACCGUGAAGCGGCGCAAUAAAGAUGGAAGUACAACCGAGUUCCCAGACAUACCAUCAGGAGCAGCAUAUUCUAAAUACAUGGGCGCGGUGGAUCGCAAUGAUCAAGUGACAAAGUUGAACAAAUCAAAAAAAAACUAUGCGUUGGUAUAG